CCCUGAAAUCCAAGUGAACUGGUCUUGAACAAGACAGGUGGAAAUGAAAGCUCAUUGUCUACGACAGCUUGGGUUUGAGGCUCACACAUGUCUACCAUCUCCCCACUCCUCAAGAAAGCUGACGUCUUCUCGGUUUGCGAUUUCGUCUGCAUUGAGAGCAUAUGCUACGCAUCGCGAUCAUGUCCCUUCGUCACUCCUCUCCCAGGCACUCGACCAAAAGCAGGGAACAUCUCGGAGAGACACUGUCGGCCCAUUUAGCCUUGGGACAUUGCAAUCCAAGACAGAUGGGAACGUGAAGAAGUGGUCUGAAUUGAGUGCUGGAGGCAAGGUGCUUCGAACGACUGCACGGACAUCAAACUUCACCGUCAUACUUUUUGGAGCAGGAUUGACAGGUGUUCUGGUCUACGCGUUGACCUCAGAGCUAUUCUCGAAGAAUUCCCCAACAGUUCUUUACAACGAUGCGUGUGAGCGUAUCAAAGCGUCGCCGCAGGUCGCGAAAUACCUACAAGGCCCGUUGAUCUUCCACAAUAACCCGCCAUCCGUUCUUCGCCCACGACACCGCAAUCGUCAUGUCUCCUCACAAAUCGCGGUGGAUCAAUCCGGCAAAGAGCAUAUGCUCCUGAAUUUCUAUGUCCAGGCGCGCUCCCCAGGCGCAACACCUGAUUCAUCAGAGUCGUAUAUCAACAUGGCCUUGCUGUGGACGAAAGAUAUCGCUGAUGCACUGGGCGAUCUUACAUGGGACGGUGCCAUAGUUAUGUCAAAAGAGCAUGCAGCUCACGUAGCAGAAUCUGCGAAGGAGUUAUUCAGAUAUUUGACGGGCGAUCCAGUGGCUCCGAAGUCUAUGACGGUAGAGAUGGGGCCCGAAAGCAGAGGAAGGGAGUCAUCAAAAGAGGAGGAUAAGAGUAUGUGGGGGAACAUAACAGGGUUGUUCGGUUCGUUAAAAGGGGCGAGUCGAACUCGUGUAGAAGAGGCUCGUGUGGAUUCCGUGAGGCAGGUAUGGCAAGAGGGUGAGGUGCAUGCGGAACUGAUAAGGGAUGAUUUGGGCUACUUCGUCUUCCGCUACAUCUUAAUCGACAUUCCAAAUUCCAGCAGCCGGAACCCUGUGCGAGUGUUCGUAGAGCGUUCAGUGGGCGUGCGAGAGAACGAGCCCAUCAUGAAGUGGGAUACAUAAUGCACUCUCCUAGAAUGCCUUAUUCUUACAUGGUCGGGCGCUGCAAUCGGGUCUGGCACUCUAUGAAGGUAAAACACGGUGGACGUUUGCUGAAUUU